CCAACUUUGCAGCCAGCCAGCCACCUUCAUCUUCUUGAACGUUUCCCUCUUUCUCUCACCCUCUAAACUCAAGUGUAACUUUCCUCUAUCUCUGCUCUUGACCAGCCACCUUCAUUUUCUUGCACAUCUUCUCUCUUUCUCUCACCCUAACUCAGUAUUAGGUGACCCACUCCUUCUGGUUACUGUUGAGCACUUGAGAAGAGCUAAGGGAUCUUGAGGGAGGUUGCUGUGAGGGGAUGAUUCUUUCAGCAUUUAUUACUUCUGUUGCAGUCAACCUUGGCCUUACUUUAUUAUUUCUCACUCUAUUUUCUAUAUUGAGAAAACAACCAGCUUUUAUCACAGUCUAUGCUCCACAUUUUGUUCAUGAAGAAAUAUUGCAGCGACAUGAACGAUUUAACUUGAAGAGAUUAUUACCUUCUUUUACUUGGGUGAAAAGGGCAUGGGAUGUCUCUGAAGAACAACUUUUGUCAAUCGCCGGUUUGGAUGCUGUUGUUUUCUUACGUAUUUUUCCCCUCAGUAUACGGGUAUUUUCCUUUGCUAGUAUAAUCGGGAUCCUCAUUAUGCUUCCGGUGAAUUAUUUGGGAAAUCAGUUGGGGGAAGAUACCAAUUUUUCAAACAAGUCAUUGGACCUAUUUAGUAUUUCAAAUGUUAAUAAUGGCUCCAACAGCUUAUGGAUCCACUUUUGUGCUGCAUAUAUUUUCACUGGAGUUGUCUGCUAUCUACUUUAUUAUGAGUAUAAUCAUAUUUCAUUGAAAAGAAUUGCUUGGUUCUCUUCAUCAAAACCUCGACCAGAUCAAUUCACAAUACUAGUUCGUGGUAUCCCUAAAAUUCCAGGAAGAAGCUACAGUGAAACUGUAGAGAGCUUUUUCAUGGAGAAUCAUUCUUCCACUUACCUUUCGCAUACUAUAGUUCAUCGAACUAACAAGCUUCAAAAUCUCAUUAAAGAUGGAACAAAGCUGUAUCAAGAGAUUGUUAGCUUAAAAUCAAGAGAUUCUUCUCAGCAAACUAAACGAGAGGGCUUCUUGGGGCUUACUGGUAGAAAAGUCAAUCUCAUAGAAGUUUAUGAAAAGAAGCUAGAAGAUUUAGAAGACAGUAUGCGGAUGCAACGAUCUUUAAUAGUAGGAAAGGAAGUUUCAGCUGCAUUUGUGUCAUUCAAGUCUAGAUAUGGAGCUGCAAUAGCCUUACACAUCCAACAAGGGCUGAAUCCGACAGAAUGGGUCACGGAAAGUGCUCCUGAACCUCGUGAUGUUCAUUGGACUUUUUUUUCUACGUCAGUGAUAAGAAGAUGGAUAUCUCGAUCGGUGGUGAUUCUUGCGUACAUAUCACUAACGAUUUUGUUCCUUAUUCCAGUUGUAGUAGUGCAAGGUCUUGCUAAUCUCAACCAUUUGCAGACCUGGUUCCCAUUUCUGAAAGACAUAUUGAGACUAACAUUCAUUAAUCAAGUGAUUGCGGGAUAUCUUCCAGGUCUCAUUCUUGUAUUAUUCUUGCUACUGGUGCCACCUACUAUGCUGUUAUUUUCUUCCGCGGAAGGAUACAUUUCGCGAAGUCAGAUUGAAAGAAGUGCCUGUAACAAACUACUGUUCUUUAUUGUAUGGAACAUUUUACUUGCCAACAUUUUAUCAGGGUCAGCUCUUUAUCAAGCCAAUCUCUUCCUUGAGCCUAAAAGCAUUCCCAAGGUUUUAGCCGAGGCUGCUCCAGCACAAGCAUCUUUCUUCAUUGCAUACGUUGUGUCAUUUGGGUGGACUAGUCUCUCCUCGGAACUUUUUCGUCCGUUUCCUCUUCUUGUUUGCUGUGUAAAAAUGCUAUUUUCCAAAGUAGACAUUGACACAUUUGCAGCCCCAUCGCCUCCUUAUCACGUAGAGAUUUCUUGGGUUGUCUUCUAUGGAAUUCUUGGCGUGGUGUACUUCUUCAUGGCUCCACUAAUUAUACCAUUUCUCUUGUUUUACUAUUGUCUCGCAUAUAUUGUCUAUCGCCACCAGGUAAUGAAUGUAUAUGAAGCCAAGUAUGAAACUGGUGGAAGUUUUUGGCCUAUUGUGCACAAUUCAACCAUUUUCUCUUUGAUAUUGAUGCAAGUUAUUGCAAUUGGGAUAUUUCGCAUCAAAAAUCUUUCUUUAGCAUCCACUUUAAUCAUUCCUCUUCCAUUACUUACACUACUCUUCCAUUGUUAUUGCGUAAAACGCUUCUUGCCUCUGUUCAAAUCAUUUCCUGCGGAGUGUUUGGUUAAGAAAGACAAAGAAGACCAGAAUGAUCCUAGCAUGGAUGAGUUCUUCAAUAACCUAGCCACGGCCUAUGAAGAUCCUGCUCUGUCGCCAGUUGAUUAUUCAAGAAAUACAGACAGGCAAAGAGCUCCACUUCUUCAAGUUCCAAGUUCAUAAAUUUUCUUUCCUCGUUGCUGUAAAAGAAGUAUUAGGUGAAGUUUGAGAUAAAUUUUCUUCCCAGAAACUCCCAAGUGAUUGCGAAACAAAAUGCAUAAUGACUUGUGCCAAAUGUUUAAAGAAUUAAAAGCUUCAAGUUUCAUGAUAUGAAAUGAGCACUGGGUUAGUGUCAA